AUGGGGCGAGCUCCUCGCCCCGUCUCCCGCUCCCGCACUCGCAUAGCGCUACCCGCCCCCGAGUUCCUUGUCUCCCACGAGUCCACGGUACGAUUCGUGCGCGCUCGUCGGAACGACCCUGCUGUCAAGGUUCACGUUCGGGCUGCGCAGGGGAUCAGAGACGCGAGCGCGAUGUUUGGCCUGCUACGCCCCUACAAGGAGGGCCUGGAUUGGAGAGUGGGGAACUACCGUCUGCUGAGGGCUGCAGAAGAGCUCCGGGACCCGCUGGCCCGUGCACGGCACGCCACCGACGAUUUGAUCGCGCGCCUUUCGAGCCACGAUUUUCUGGCGGCUCUGAGGAGACUCGCUCGCGGAGGUGGCCCUCAGGCGCACGUCGGCGAGCGUCGGCUGCACGGGCGCGCGCGCGGCCACGGAGUCCUCCCUAUCGGAGGCCACCGCAUCGGCUACGGGCAAGGAGGCCUCGUCGUCGAGCACCGGCGCACCGCGGAGCGCAGCGGCGACCUCGGCGGACUCGCGCGCGGGGACGCGCUCGGUAGAGGCUUCCUCUCCCGCGGUGGAGCGCUCGGAGGCCGGGGCGUCGAGCACCCACACACCGCGGAGGACAGCGGUUUCCUCGGCGGACUCGCGCGCGGUGGCGCGUUCGGCAGAGGUCUCUCCCGCGGUGGCGCGCUCGGAGGCCGUGGCGUCGGGCACCCACACACCGCGGAGGACAGCGGUUUCCUCGGCGGAUUCGCGCGCGGCGGCGCGUUCGGCAGAGGUCUCUCCCGCGGUGGCGCGCUCGGAGGCCGGGGCGUCGAGCACGCACACACCGAGGAGGGCAGUGGUUUCCUCGGCGGACUCGGGCGCGGCGGCGCGUUGGGCAGAGGCCUCUCCCACGGUGGCGCGCUCCGAGGUCGCAUGCUGGGAGGUGGCGCCCUGCGAGGCCUGGCGCUGGGAGGUGACCUCGAUCCUGUGGACUUAAACAUGGACCUCCAGUUCCUGCGCGACGCCGAGGCGUCGUGCCGCUCGACGAGGUGCCGGUGCAUAAAGAGGGAUGCAGUGGCGCUCGCCAAGCACAUCAACAGGGUGUGCGACAAUCUCCAGGAGUUCUCUGGGCAGAUGAACCGCAACUCUAGCUUGGAGUCUACCCUGCGCCGUCGCAGAUGGGUUGUUCGCAAUCUGCAGGACCUCCUCAGCCAUAUCGAUAGGCUAUGCGCCCGGCGCAUCUCGUUUCCGCACUAG